ACAGCUCCGCGCGCCCAGAUGAUGCGGACUGGAGCGCUCCGCCAGCACCGUCUGCGUCCGGGCGCCUCUGAUUGGCUGCGCGCGGUGACAGCUCCGCACAUGAUUGCAGGAAGACAAGCCCGACCCCUUUCACUCUUCCUAAAGGAGUCAUUCAUAAACUACACAGGUCCGGCUCGCGGCUGAGUGUGGACGAAAAAGUGAGCGGGGCAACACGGAGGCGAGAACAAGAGCGCGCGGAGAUGAGUGUUCGAUGAGCGCGUGUUUUUAACUCGAGCAUCCGCAGCCCGGGACGCGGCGGAGACGCACCGACCUGAACGCUCGGCCGCGCUGGAAGUGCUCAUGAGUUGGACUGAUAUUUAGCAGACUAUCGCGUUGCAUCCCUAUCCGUUUCCUCCUCCUCACACUGACGUCCAUCCGCUGCACAAGCAAAGAGGAAAAAAACAAAAAAAAAACUUUGAUUACACAUUUUUCCUGCGCGGGGAAGCGUUUGCCUCUGGCUUUACCGGUAAGCAUUGGAUCCGUCAACCUACUGCGACUCUCCGGUGUACAGCCCGGACCUCUGCCCGAACAUGAUCGCGACGCAGGCGAAGCUGGUCUACCAGCUCAACAAAUAUUACAACGAGCGGUGCCAAGCUCGCAAAGCGGCCAUUGCGAAGACCAUACGGGAGGUUUGCAAAGUGGUGUCGGAUGUCCUGAAGGAGGUGGAAGUGCAGGAGCCGCGCUUCAUCAGCUCCCUCAGCGAGAUAGACGCGCGCUACGAGGGGAUGGAGGUCAUCUCGCCCAAUGAGUUCGAGGUGGUGCUGUACCUCAACCAGAUGGGGGUGUUCAACUUCGUGGACGACGGCUCGCUGCCCGGCUGCGCGGUGCUGAAGCUGAGCGACGGCCGCAAAAGGAGCAUGUCGCUGUGGGUGGAGUUCAUCACCGCCUCGGGCUACCUAUCGGCGAGGAAGAUCCGCUCGCGGUUCCAGACGCUGGUGGCGCAGGCCGUGGACAAGUGCAGCUACCGGGACGUGGUCAAGAUGGUGGCGGACACCAGCGAGGUCAAGCUACGGAUCCGGGAGCGGUACGUGGUGCAGAUCACCCCCGCGUUCAAGUGCACCGGGAUCUGGCCCAGGAGCGCGGCCCAGUGGCCCAUGCCCCACAUCCCGUGGCCCGGUCCGAACCGGGUCGCGGAGGUCAAAGCCGAGGGCUUCAACCUUCUGUCCAAAGAGUGCUACUCGUUGACGGGGAAGCAGAGCUCCGCGGAGAGCGACGCCUGGGUGCUGCAGUUCAGCGAGGCCGAGAACCGGCUGCUGAUGGCCGGCUGCAGGAAGAAGUGUCUGUCCAUCCUGAAGACGCUGCGGGACCGCCACCUGGAGCUGCCGGGGCAGCCGCUCAACAACUACCACAUGAAGACCCUGCUGCUGUACGAGUGCGAGAAGCACCCGCGCGAGACCGACUGGGACGAGUCGUGCCUCGGGGACCGCCUCAACGGCAUCCUGCUGCAGCUCAUCUCCUGCCUGCAGUGCCGCAGAUGCCCCCACUACUUCCUGCCAAACUUGGACUUGUUUCAGGGAAAGCCCCACUCGGCGCUGGAGGCCGCCGCCAAGCAGACGUGGAGACUAGCGAGGGAAAUCCUCACCAACGCCAAGAGCCUGGACAAAUUAUAAGAGCGGCCGCCGCGAGCGAGCCGGGAGACGUUUUGGGAUAAAACUUAGGGGGGGGGGGGGGGGGGACGCGGGACAGAGGCGACCCAGCUGAUUCUCCGAGCAAUGUGAAUGAAAGCAGUAGCGAGAAACCCACAAAAGCGGUUUGUUUUCAAAAUGGAGCGAUCGGGCCACUGCCAGAGAGGAGACGAAGGUACAUUUUCAGAUAAAUGUCAUAACUUUUAGUUGUCUCCUUUCAAAUGUUUUCACAAAGUGAAGAAACCUUUAUUUAAAUAUAUGCACAAAACCGUUAAGUGGGAGAAGGAAAUGUAGCGUGCCAAGUUCGAAUUUUUUUUUCCAUUAUGUGACUUAAGACGAAAUGUUAAUAAAAUGUUGCAAGUUAAAUUA